AAACCAAGAAAGAAAAGAAGAAAUAAAGGGGAAAUCAUUUUUUUUUUCUUUAUAGUUAAGAGAGUCUUCAAACCACAUCUCUCUUUCUUUUAGUUAUUAUCAUCAUAUAUUUGUAAACUGCAGGGAAGAAAACAGCAAAGAAUUUGACUCUGACAAGAUCAGCAAAACUACAUAACCAAAAGCCUAAAAAGAUUUUCUUCCAUGAUAGACGUUUAGACAGAUGCAGCCUCGUCUGUUUUUAGCCAUUCAAUUGGAUUGGAAUAUGUGGGUUAACUUUUUUCCAGGUCAUGUCCAGAAAAGCAAGGUUCUUGUCCUCAUCAAAUUGCAAUGAAUUGAACAUCAAAAUGGGCUGAAUUGUUAAUUUCAAGCCAACUUCUAGUCUUUACAAAGUUGUUGGACGUUUUUUAAAGAAAAAACUUGCGCAGUUUCCGUACACUGCAAGAAGUGAGUUUUUUUUUUUUGAGGGGGAGGGGGGGGGGGAGAAGGGGGGCUUUCAAAUCAAGAUGGCGACGUACUUUCAUGGGAGCUCAGAAUUCCAAGCUGCUUCUGCUGCUACACCUGAUGGGAUGCAAACACUCUAUCUCAUGAACCCCAACUACGUACCCUACUCUGACACACACCAACCAGCUGCUGCCACUAACAUGUUCUUCUUAAACCCCGCCGGCAACGCGUUAAACCCCACAAGCUUACCCCACGCGCCAGCACUUAGCCAUCACCACCUUCUCCGUCUCCCACUCCCAACACCGACUUCUUCGAUAGGACCGGCCAAUUCGGAUGAUCCCCACCGUAUAUCAUCACCCCUUCAUGGUAUACUCUCCGGUAUCCACUAUAACUUGUGGGGCUCAAGUAUCGAUCAUCAGAAUUCACCAGGAAGUAGCCAUCCUCAGGUUGUGUCGGCAGCAGAGAACUCGGGUGGGGCCCACGAUGUUGCAUCGCAGUUGGGGUUACGUCGGCCGGUGGUGUCACCAAGGCAAGGUUUAUCCCUGAGUCUAUCAUCCCAACAGGCGCCUUAUAGGUCAAGUAAUGCUGAAACAGAUAUCCAAGGGCAACCUCAAGUCCCUACUAUAUCACUGGCUGAUGAUACGAGGAUAUCUGGGAAUUCGCCAUCGUCGGUUUCCGUCGUUUGGAAUGGGAUUCCCGGGGUUCAAAGUGGUUUUUUGGGAUCAAAGUACUUGAAAGCAACCCAAGAGCUUCUUGAUGAAGUUGUUAAUGUGGGGAAAGGGAUAAAAACUGACGUGUCUGAGGGGACCAAGGAGAAGAUAAAGAUGAACAAAGAAUCGGUGGCUGCUGUGACAGAAGAGGGUUCAAGUGCUGGUGAAAAUGCGGCUAAACGUGGAGCUGAGCUCACCGCAGCACAAAGACAGGAGCUCCUGAUGAAGAAGGCAAAACUUGUCAGCAUGCUUGAUGAGGUGGAGCAAAGAUACAGGCAGUACUAUCACCACAUUCAAAUUGUGGUUUCUUCUUUCGAGAAGGCGUUAGGGUUUGGGGCAGCACAAUCGUACACAGCACUUGCUUUGAAGACAAUGUCAAAGCAAUUCCGCUGUCUUAAAGACGCAGUAUCUGGACAAAUCAAAGCCACAAACAAGAGUUUAGGAGAAGAGGAUUGCUUGGGUGUUAAAGUUGAGGGUUCUAGACCAAGAUAUGUAGAUCAUCAGCUUCGACAACAGCGGGCGCUGCAGCAGUUGGGAAUGAUCCAGCGCAAUGCUUGGAGACCCCAGAGAGGAUUACCUGAACGAGCUGUUUCUAUUCUUCGUUCUUGGCUUUUCGAGCAUUUCCUUCAUCCGUAUCCUAAAGAUUCAGACAAACACAUUCUUGCUAAACAAACAGGGCUUACUAGAAGCCAGGUGUCAAACUGGUUUAUAAAUGCUCGAGUUCGCCUUUGGAAGCCAAUGGUUGAAGAAAUGUAUUUGGAGGAAGUCAAGGAACAAGAAAGAAAUUGCAAUGAAGAGAAUGCAAACAAAAGCGAGCAAAAGGCGUCAGGGUCUAGCUCCAGUGCCCAGCAAGAAAGUGUGUCACUUAAGAUGGAUCAAGUUAAUAAAACUCUAUCCAAGCCUGACAAAUCCAUCAAUCAGAAUACUUCCCCAACCGAAUUUUCCAACUCCACAAUCUCUACACCUCCCAUGGGAGGGUCCCUUCUGCCACAAACAGCCUUCAAACUCAUUGGAUCAUCUGACCUUGAUGGUGCUGCACAAAGAAGCCCAAAAAAGCCAAGGAGUAUUAAUGACUUGCAGAAUUCCCCUAGUAGCAUCCUUUCAAUGGACAUGGAAAUGAAGCAAGUUGAAACCAGGGAAAUCAACAUAAAUUUCGGUGAUGAAAGGCUAUCCAAGGACAGUUACUCAUUUUUAACUGGAACGGCUAAUCAAGGCAGUGAAUUUGGCACAUGCAGCACUAUGGGAGAGAUAGGGAGGUUUGAUCCUGAGCAGCUGAUACCAAGGUUUCAUGGAAACAGUGUUUCCCUCACCCUUGGCCUUCCCCAUUGUGAGAAUCUAUCAGUAUCGGGGAACCAGCAAAACUUACUAUCGCACCAGAACAUUCAGCUAGGGAGAAGGUUAGAAUUGAUCAACACCCAACAAAGUUCUCAUUCGAGCACCGGUUAUGGCAAUAUUGAGAUGCAAAACAGGAAAAGGUUUGCUGCGCAAUUGUUGCCAGAUUUUGUUGCCUGAAGAGAAUUCAAAUUCACAAUGCAUUCGCUUUAACUCUAUGCGCUGCUGGGCAGUUUAUAUUUCUUCUUUUGCCUUCUUGAAACACUUCAGGUAAGUUAAAUCAUGACUCUGAUGCCUAAGCAUCCAUCAAUGAAAGCGGAAGAACAGGAAAAUAACCUUUCCAAGUUCAGUUUCUAUUUAUAUAUAUCAUGCUGGCUCUACAUGUACUGUGUAGAAAGAAAGAUAGUUAGUAUAUAUAGGUAAUAUUCUUACAUAUGUUUGGCUUGAAUGAGUAAGGUUGAGCAUUGUAUAUCAUAUUAAUACAUUUGGAAUUGAUAUUUGAAAGAUUUGCUGUAUAUGUAUAUGCAAAUUGGUUAUUCGAGUGCAUUCAAUCAAUAUUAUUCCCUUUUGU